UUCCAUUGACAAGCACAAUAGUGCUAGGCUAAUUUCACAAGAAAAGAGAAACACCGUACAUUACUCGAACAUAAACAGCACAAAGAUGUCUGAGGAACUGGAAAAAUCUGAUGGGAAAAUUGUGAAGAUGGAUGUUGACUACAGUUCAACUGUAGAUCAACGUCUCCCGGAAUGCGAAAAAAUGGCUAAAGAGGGCAAGCUGCAAGAGGCUAUUGAGAGUUUGUUGUCAUUGGAGAAGCAAUCCAGAACGGCCUCAGACAUGGUGUCCACUUCCAGAAUCCUUGUGGCUGUGGUACAGAUGUGUUAUGAAGCCAAAGACUGGGAUGCACUGAAUGAAAACAUCAUGUUGCUCACCAAAAGAAGGAGUCAGCUAAAACAGGCUGUUGCCAAGAUGGUGCAAGAAUGCUACAAGUAUGUGGAUACUGUAACCGAUCAGCCCAUCAAGCUGAGACUCAUCGACACACUUCGCACCGUGACGGCUGGCAAGAUCUAUGUGGAGAUUGAGCGUGCCAGGUUGACGAAGACCUUGGCCAAUAUCAAGGAGGCGAACGGAGAGAUCAAAGAGGCAGCUGCCAUUCUUCAGGAGCUGCAGGUGGAGACAUAUGGCUCUAUGCCGAAAAAGGAGAAGGCGGAGUUCAUCUUGGAGCAGAUGAGGCUUUGCGUUGCAGUCAAGGAUUACGUUCGCACCCAGAUCAUCAGCAAGAAGAUAAGCACCAGAUUUUUCACAGAGGAAAGCAAUGCGGAGGCCAAGCUGAAGUUCUACAACCUGAUGAUUCAUGUCGACCAGCACGAGGGAUCCUACCUGUCCAUCUGCAAACACUUCCGGGCCAUCUAUGACACCCCCUGCAUCUUGGAGGACAGCAGCAAGUGGCAACAGGUACUGAAGAGUGUGGUGCUGUACGUGAUUCUCUCCCCUUACGACAACGAGCAGUCGGAUCUCGUGCACAGAAUCAGUGAGGACAAGAAACUGGAAGAAAUUCCGAAGUACAAGGACCUUCUGAAACAGUUCACCACGAUGGAGCUGAUGCGCUGGGCCACCCUGGUGGAGGAUUAUGGGAAGGAGCUGAGAGAGGGCUCAGCUGACAGUCCUGCCACAGACGUCUUCGCUUCUUCAGAAGAAGGGGAGAGUCGGUGGAAGAACCUGAAAAACCGAGUUGUGGAGCAUAACAUCAGAAUAAUGGCCAAAUAUUACACCAGAAUCACGAUGAAAAGGAUGGCUGGACUCCUGGACCUCUCUAUUGACGAAUCUGAGGAGUUCCUCUCCAGCCUAGUUGUAAACAAGACCAUCUACGCCAAGGUCGACAGGCUGGCGGGCAUCAUCAACUUUCAGAGUCCCAAAGACCCCAACGACCUGCUCAACGACUGGUCGCACAAACUCAACUCCCUCAUGUCUCUGGUCACCAAGACCACACAUCUCAUUGCCAAGGAGGAGAUGAUCCACAACAUGCAGUGAAACAUUGACAAACGACAACAUAUUUUCUGUUUCGGUUCAUAUUUGUUUUUGUUUUUUCCUUCUGUGGGAAUGUUUUGAAUAAACAGUACAUAAGCGGACUGUGAAUGCAGCGUUAAUCCAAUGAUAUAUAAGUGAAGAUAAAUCUGCAGCACCCCAACUAUGUUCACUUUUCACUUUCCAGUAAAACCUUGAGAAUAAACACAUGAGCACCUCCCUUCUCAGUGACUGGAUCCUAUAUAUGCUUCCCUUUACGAUAUAAUGGAUAUUAAAACGUAGUUUCAUAUUCAUUGCUGUAUGAAAAUCAGGCUAAAAACUAUUUUUGUAUGCGUAGCAAUGUAAAUCAUAACCUCACAUAUGGUUAACAGAGUUGUAGGUUUUAAACCGGUCCGACGUACAAUCAGAGGGCAAAUGUUAAGCUUCUUAUAAGCAUCACUGCAACGCAUCAUUUACAUGUUUUCUGUCUAAAGGAUUAUUAAAGUACAAGUGGAAAUACAGUAAUGUGAAAUGAA